GUGGGUUGCUGCAGUUGUAAUGUCCCAGUUUACCUUUAGUUUCUGUUCCACCUGCGGGAGUACGCUCAGAAUUAUCACGGAGGAUCACAACCUAAAGCAAAUUUGUAUUCGGUGCCCAUAUCAGAACAAAAUUUUCCGUCCCAUUAGAACAGGAAAGAAAUUCAUGAAACUCAAGGAAGUGGAUGAUAUUAUCGGAGGUGCCAAACAGUGGGAGAACGUUGAUUCAACAGAAGAAAAGUGUCCCAAAUGUUCUCAUCCACGUGCCUAUUUUAUGCAGAUUCAAACCAGAUCAGCCGAUGAACCAAUGACAACAUUUUACAAAUGCUGUAAUCAUUCCUGUGGUUUUAGAUGGCGGGAAUAAGCUAGGUAGAUUUUGAUGAGGGACGAAGUUCAAAGAUUUUCUCAUUGCUAUCAGAUAACAGACAAUCAUUUUCUCCGUGAUAUAUCCUCCCUGAUUCAAGAUGUCGUCAAUCAACAGAAAAUUAUUUAAUAUAGCAGAGAACGAGAAGAAAAUUGCUUUUUUGGCAGGAAAGUUGAUCAUUGAUGGUUUGGUCAUUGGCUUACCAACAGACACUGUCUAUGGUUUGGCAGCUGAUGCCACCAAUGACUGUGCAAUCGAAAAACUGUAUGAAAUAAAAAAAAGAGACUUGAAAAAACCCAUAGCAAUAUGUGUAGGCCAAGUAGAAGAAGUUAAUAGGUGGGGUGUCACAGUAAACAUACCUGAAAAUUUACUAGAAGCUCUUCUGCCUGGCCCAGUUACAAUUUUGUUGAAGCGAACAGAUACUCUGGAGAAAAGUUUAAAUCCAGGUGUUGAAAAAAUUGGAAUAAGAAUACCUGACAACAAAUUCAUCAGAGACAUUGCGAAUCUCACAAGGCGACCUCUAGCUCUCACAAGUGCAAAUUUGAGUGAUAGACCGAGCACUUUAGACCCUGAAGAAUUCAGAGAUCUGUGGGAUCAACUUGCAGCAGUUUUUGACGGUGGGAAAA